UGGCAGCUGCUGUUCACCGUUCGAUCUCUUCUUCCCGCUUUUUUCCAACCAAAUCAACGGCUCUCCUCAUCGCCUUCUUCCUCAUGCUCACCUUCCUGCCGGCGGCAGCCCGGCCGCUGUCGACGAGACCCUCGGUUACCGGCGACGACUCAUACAACAAGAGCGUCAACUCAAAUCUGACCAUCCUGAUCAUAACGAUCGUCAUUGCCUUCGUUCUACUCGCCAUCUACAUCUACAUCUGCCGGUGUACCGGCGACAACUCCGCCGUCGCACCAGCCAUGAUCGCCGGGAUCGGAGGCGGGCAAUCGAGACGCGAGGUUCAGAAAGGCUUGGAUUCAUAUUUGCUGGAGAAAUUUCCGACGAUGGUGUACUCGUCGGUGAAGGCGCAGAAAUUGGGGAAAGAAUCGCUUGAAUGUGCGGUAUGUCUCUGCGAGUUUGAGGACGAUGAUGUUCUCCGUCUUCUACCCAGAUGCAGCCAUGUGUAUCACCGCGAUUGCAUCGAUGUCUGGUUCGCAACCCACUUCACUUGCCCUGUUUGCCGAACCAAUCUCGCCGCCGAAAAUCAGGAUCAGCAGCCGGAGAUGGUUGAUGUGGUGUCGAUCUCUGUUGAGGAGGUGGCGGACGGCGAGGAUCGGCAUCCGGAUCUAGAGAAUUUGGUGAGGAUUGAGAGUCUGAGGAGGGAGGCGAGAUCAGGGUCGGUGAAGAGGGUUCCGAUGAUUUCGCGAUCGGCAACAUAUUGGGAGUCCGGGGAGAGAUUUAGGCUGCGAUUGCCGGAGGAUAUCAGGCGGGAGAUCAUGGCGGCGGGGGAACUUCGUCGGUCGGCGAGCUACGCGGUUUCUCGUGGAGAGGAGAGGGGAGCUGGCGAAGGGGGUACAGGGAAGGGGUCGGGCGUGGAUGGAGAAGCUUGAGGUUAGGAAUGUCAGGGCGGUGGCCCAUUCUAGGGAGGAGUUUCUCGGCGAGAGCUACGGCGGUUGCGGCGUAGGGAUCAGUUUCCGGGACGGCGAAGGGCGGGGCGGUUGCUCCCGUUGUUGUUGCUAACGGUGGCGGCAGCUCGGGGUUUAAUUUGGUUUGAAAAUGGGAAUCUUGGUCUUCGACAUUUGACGCCGUCAGUCGGCCGAGGCCAAGCGCGAUGCUUACAUAAAACUUAUUUACAAACGAAUUUAGCAUUAUAAAUAAAUAAUUCAUUCAUCUUCACAUAAUUUUAAUAAUUAUAAUAUUUGCAUCAAAGUUGGUGCAGUGGAAGGAAGAAUGGUUUAGAAGGAUUUUGUUUGGUGAAUCGCUGACCUUCAUCGAUCGAAUCAAACCCUUGUCUGUUAUAUGCAAAUAACUAUUUAAUUACCUAAAUGCUCAUUUCAAAAAGUUAACAAUG